AUGGGAAUUCAUAAUUUAGCGAAAUUAAUUGCUGACCAAGCCCCGGCUGCGAUUAAAGAAGGUGAAAUGGCGAAUUAUUUCGGAAGGAAAAUUGCGAUUGAUGCCUCCAUGUCUAUCUACCAAUUUCUGAUCGCUGUUCGUCAGAAUGGAGAAAAUUUAACAAAUGAUAGUGGAGAAACGACAAGUCAUUUGAUGGGGAUGUUCUAUCGAACGAUUCGAAUGAUUGAAAAUGGUAUUAAGCCAGUGUAUGUGUUUGAUGGUAAACCACCGCAAUUAAAAUCGAAAGAAUUAGAAAAACGCCUCGAACGACGAACCGAAGCGGAAGCUGAAAAGACCAAAGCAGCGGAUGCUGGUGAUGGAGAAGCUUUCGAUAAGUUUGCACGUCGAACAGUUAAAGUUACUCGUGAACAUAAUGAUGAUUGUAAGCGAUUGUUGACACUGAUGGGUGUUCCUUAUGUUGAUGCACCAACAGAAGCCGAAGCUCAAUGUGCUGCGCUUGUUAAGCAAGGAAAAGUUUACGGAGUUGGAACUGAAGAUAUGGAUGCAUUAACAUUUGGCGCUGAUGUCCUUGUUCGUCAUUUAACUUUUAGUGAAACACGAAAAAUGCCUAUACGUGAAUAUUCGUUAACGAAAGCUUUGCAAGGUUUAGGAAUCAAUUUUGAAGAAUUCACAGAUUUGUGCAUUUUACUCGGCUGUGAUUAUUGUGAUUCGAUUAAAGGUAUCGGUCAAAAACGGGCGCUUGAUUUGAUUAAGCAACAUCGAAAUAUCGAAACAAUUCUCAAAAAUAUCGAUAAGAAAAAAUAUGCAGUACCAGAUGAUUGGGCUUACGAACAAGCCAGACAAUUGUUUAAAGUACCUGAAAUCUUACCAGCUGAUGCGACAGAUCUAAAAUGGACAGAACCGGAUGAAGAUGGUCUUGUAUCGUACAUGGUCAAGGAAAAAGGGUUUUCGUAA